CGGAGCUAAUGUUAGCUUAGCACACAGCUUUAUAAACAAUCUGAGCGGAGUUAGCAACAGUUGGCCUGAUAUUUGCCGGCUAAUGCUAACAUCAACCGGACAGGCUAACACUGCGGAGUGGACAGGGGGUUCGGUUAGCUUGUGGCUAGUUAGCUUUAGUUAAAUCUCUAAACUAACCAGCUACAGGACGAUGCUAACGUCUGGUUAGCUGGUUAACGGUAACUGCGUCUCAGCCGAGUUCCUCCACAUGGAGGAGGGUGGAGCUUCCCAGCAGCCAUGAUGGAGGACACAGAGCCGGAGCUUUCCCCCGCCCCCUCUGAUCAGAACAGCCCCUCCCCUUCCAUCUCGUCCUCCCCCUCCCUGUCCCUCCCCUCCACCCCCUCGUCCUCCUGUGGCCCUCCCCAGGCCGUCACUCCCCCUCUGGGUGUGAUCAGUGAGGGCGUGGGGGAACUCAGCCUAGUCAUUGAUGCUGAGGUGGCCCACCGGGCGUGUCAGGAGGUGCUGCAGAAGGUGAAGCUGAAACAGGUAGACACUGAUGUCCCCGCCGGCCUGCAGAAUGGGGCGGGGUCGGACCGGGAGCCGCACGCCUCCCCCUGCGGCGCUCUGAGCGUUGUGGUGAAACCACUGAAGAUUCGCGAGGAGUUGGACGACUCUGAUGGCCUGGCCCCCGGCUCGGUGAAGAGCGCCCGGCGGCGGCAGAGGCACAAUCCUUCCAAACAGUCAUGGCUGCUCCGCCUGUUUGAGUCCAAGCUGUUUGACGUUUCUAUGGCGAUCUCCUACCUGCACAACUCGAAGGAGCCAGGCGUCCAGGCGUACAUUGGGAACCGGCUCUUCAGCUUCCCUCAUGAGGAGGUGGACUUUUUCCUACCGCAGCUUCUCAACAUGUACAUCCACAUGGAUGAGGACGUUGGGGACGCCAUCAAGCCAUAUGUGGUGCACCGCUGCAGACAGAGCAUCUCUUUCAGCCUGCAGUGUGCCUGGCUGCUGGGAGCGUACUCCUCCGACAUGCACAUCUCCACCCAGCGUCACUCACGAGGGACCAAGCUGAGGAAACUCAUCCUGUCUGACGAACUCAAACCUGCGGGUCCUCGAGCUCGCAGGGACCCUCUGACUCUGACGCCUUUCUGUCCCCUGGCGUCCCCCGCCACCGGCCCCGGGCCCCUGGGAGGAGAGCACGGCCUGUCGCCCUCCAAACGCACACAUCAGCGCUCCAAAUCUGACGCUACAGUCAGCAUCAGUCUGAGCAGCAACCUGAAGAGGACGGCCAGUAACCCGAAGGUGGAGAGCAGCCAGGAUGAGGACACCAGCUCCAGCUCUGAAAGUCUGGAGUUUCAGACUGGUCCCCCGGUGCGUCUGGCUCCUCAGAGGGAGUUCAUAAAGUCUCUGAUGGGGAUUGGGAAGCGUCUGGCCACGCUGCCCACCAAAGAGCAGAAGACUCAGCGGCUGAUCUCAGAACUGUCGCUGCUCAACCACAAACUGCCCGCUCGAGUCUGGUUGCCCACCGCCGCCUUCGACCACCAUGUGGUCCGAGUGCCGCACACACAGGCUGUCGUGUUGAACUCCAAAGACAAGGCUCCGUACCUGAUCUACGUGGAGGUUUUGGAGUGUGAGAACUUUGAGACCUCGAGCGUUCCAAUCCGGAUCCCAGAGAACCGGAUCAGGAGCACUCGCUCUGUGGAGAACCUGCCGGAAUGCGGCAUGACAGCAGAUCAGAGAGCUGGCAGCUUCUCCACGGUCCCGAACUACGACAACGACGACGAGGCCUGGUCUGUUGACGACAUCGGGGAGUUGCAGGUGGAGCUCCCAGAGAUGCACACCAACAGCUGUGAUAACAUCAGUCAGUUCUCAGUGGACAGUAUCACCAGUCUGGAGAGCAAAGAGCCGGUGUUCAUCGCUGCUGGAGACAUCAGGCGGCGUCUGUCAGAGCAGCUGGCUCAGGCCCCCACCACAUUUAAACGGGACCCUGAGGACCCGUCAGCUGUGGCCCUGAAGGAGCCCUGGGAGGAGAAAGUCCGGAGGAUCAGAGAAGGAUCUCCUUACGGUCACCUCCCUAACUGGAGGCUGCUGUCUGUUAUUGUUAAAUGCGGAGACGACCUGAGACAAGAGCUGCUCGCCUUCCAGGUGCUGGAGCAGCUCAAGUCCAUCUGGGAGCAGGAGCGAGUCCCCCUCUGGAUAAAGCCCUAUAAGAUCCUGGUGUUGUCGGCAGACAGCGGGAUGAUUGAGCCCGUGAUGAACGCCGUAUCCCUCCACCAGGUGAAGAAGCAGAGCCAGCUGUCACUACUGGACUACUUUCUGCAGGAACAUGGCGCUCCAACCACAGAGGCCUUCCUGUCUGCUCAGAGGAACUUUGUCCAGAGCUGCGCCGGGUACAGCCUCAUCUGUUACCUGCUGCAGGUCAAAGACAGGCACAACGGGAACAUCUUAUUGGACGCUGAAGGUCACAUCAUCCACAUCGACUUCGGCUUCAUCCUCUCCAGCUCUCCCAAAAACCUCGGGUUUGAAACAUCCGCUUUCAAACUCACCACAGAGUUUGUGGACGUGAUGGGCGGUCCGGAUGGCGACAUGUUUAACUACUACAAGAUGUUGAUGCUUCAGGGUCUGAUAGCAGCCAGGAAACACAUGGACAGAGUGCUGCAGAUAGUGGAGAUCAUGCAGCAAGGCUCCCAGCUGCCAUGUUUCCACGGCUCCAGCACCAUGCGAGGCCUGAAGGAGCGUUUCCACAUGAGCCUGACGGAGGAGCAGCUGCAGCUGCUGGUGGACCAGCUGGUGGACGGAUCCAUGAGGUCGCUCACCACCAAACUGUACGACGGCUUCCAGUACCUCACCAACGGCAUCAUGUGACCUGUGGCGUCAUGUGACCCUGUGACCUGUGUGCGUGUGUGUAUGUGUGUGUGUAUGUGUGUGUGUAUGAAAGCAGCAUUGAACAAAUGCAGAGACUGUCUACAGACUGAUGAUCCUCAUGUUUUAUAACUGACUGCAGAGACGAUGAGCCUCCCUCUGUUGGUCCUCCUCCUCUUCUUCUUCUUCUUCUUCUUCUUAUUCUUAUUUUAUUGUCUUAUUCCAUAUUCUUCUUCAUCAUCUUAUUCUCUUCGCCUGUUUGUUGAAUCUUUUUGUUGUUUCAUCUUUUCUUUGGAGGAAUUCUUUUUCCUUUUCGUCUCGUUUGGUUUCAUCUCUCUUCCUCUUCUUUUUCCAUAUGUGGGCAGAUGUCCCUGAUUGGCUGCUCAGCCGGACUCCUUAGCCAAUCAGAGAGCAGCCCCGUUUUAGUUUGAAAUGUGAACACUCGGCAGGUGGACAGUUUUUACAGGUAGACAGAGUCUGUUACCAUGGAAACUGAAGCUGAUGGAGGACACCUGCAGACUCUUUAAAGGACCACACCGGUGUUUUAACUAACUGUAAACCACUGACCCAAACCAGUUUGUCUUCUGUCCAUUAAAACAAACCAGUUUCAACCAAA